CAGGUGGUCGUCGGGCUCGCGGCAUCUACGGAGGACGAGGUGGAGGACUGGAGCAGCGACUUCCUGGCGCAGGAGCCGGCGGCCGCAUCCGGCCCGCGCACGCGCUGGCGACGCCAGGACAGCGUCGGCGCCGAGUUCCUACUGGCCGACACGCUGUACAAGCGGCGCAGCAGCAGCAGCUCCAACGGCGCGCAGACGCAGACGCGGAACCGGCGCGGCAGCGAGGUGGCCGCGUCCAGCGGCAGCGGCGGAUCCACGCGGCAUAGUGGAGGCGCGUACCAGGCGGACGAGGAGGACCCUCGGGCGCUGUUCUACAGCUCGUACUCCGACAGCGACGAGGACUGGGACGCCGAGUUCGGCUUCGAUGAGCAGACGGACGCAGCCUUGGGGCCGUCGGACAGCAUGGACCCGACCAGGAGAAGGGCCGAGAACGGCAACUUCUUCCUGCCCAACCUGCACGAGGUGCUGGACGGCGAGAGUUUUCCGGACGACGACGAGGUGGACAGCGCAGACGGUGUGUCGUUCAACCUGGACGGAGCUGCGGGGCGCCGGCAGCGCAGGCCGUCGGACGAACCGCUCUUCCAGAGGAGACGGAGCGACUUCCACCAGUCCGGCGCGAGCGUGGACGGCAGCUUGGACGGCGUCCGGUCCAGUAUGACGUCCGCCUCGGCGUCCUCGUCCAAUGUGUUUGAGUACUCGCUCGUGGACAAGCUGCGGCUGCUGGAGGUGGCCAACUCGUCCGCGUACGCCGUCAGGAUAGAGCGGUACCCCAAGCCGUCCAGCACGUUCAGCAACCUGGAGCGAGACCGCGCCAACUUCCCCAGCUUCACCGAGAACAAGUAUGAGCGAUGGCUGGCGGACCUGGUGGUGCCGGACUGCGCCGUGGUGUCCCAUCACAUGGAGACGGAGCGCAACCGCCUGCCGCCGCCGAGGCAGUUGAAGAACCAGCAGUUCCACGCGCUCGUGUCGCUGCCGUUCGGCCGCGAGUUCGUCAACACGUUCUUCAAGCAGAUCACGCACUACCGGUACUUCGGCGAGGACAAGGAGAACCGCGAGCUCGUGCGCAUGUACUUCGAGAAGGUGUCGACCACCGGCAUGACGGACGAGAACUGGGCGCAGAAUCUGUCGCCGAGCGACUUGGAGUUCGUGGUCGGGUGCAGCGUUGAGGUACUGCAGGAGGCCGCGCGUCUGUACGGCCCCAAGCCCGUGGUCCCUCUGGCGACGCACCUCUCGCUGUCCAUGCUGUCCACGGCAUCAUCGGCGUCGACGCAGGGCAACAAGACUACUAUUUAUUGGAUCCAGCAAUUCCAGGACAUCCUCGUGCACUGCGCAGAAGCCUUCCCCCAGCACUCGAACGUCGUGGCGCUGAUCGAACUGCGCUACGUGUGCCACCACCUGGCGGGCUUCGCGAGCGGAGAGUACGAGUACAAGUGGCAGAUCUGCAACCAGUUGCCUGCGUUCCUGCCGCUGGAGCCGGUGGUGGGCGACUCGGCCUCGCAGAUCGUGAACGAAGUCCUCCAGUACUACGGUGCGUUGUUCCAGCACCUGAACACGAGCCCGGAAAGCCGCAGCAGCAACCGGUACAUGGGCCACAAGUCGCCCCCCGAAAAGCGGAACGCACCAUCAGAAGACUCACGGCAGUUCGCUCUCUCCUCGGACGUCAUCUGUCUGCAGGCGCUCAUUUUGUGCGAUAUUCAGAGCCUGUACGACAGCAAGAGUGCGUUGGCCGAGAUCUCUCUUCCUGCUCUCGAGGAGCUUCUUGAGUUCGAAGACGACGAGGCGACCGUGGAUCCGAUUUUGGUGGGACUGCUACCGCACAACCGUGACAGCCGCAGUAGCUCGUCCUCAUCCAAUCCAGAUUAUCGCGACAGUGGAUAUGAACGUGGUGAUCUUUCGAAGGGACUGGGCGGGUGGAGCGCGAGCGUCAAGCUGUUCGAGUUGCUACGGCCAUCGGCUCGUUCGCGUAACUCGGCGCUGAGCUUCUUCUACGAGCGGAUAUCAGCGUCGAAGUUCUCGCUGGUGAAGGCCAAGUGUGCGUCAGUUUUGGCUGCGAUGCACGUCUCGUCCACCACUUCUCACGGUAACCUGCGAGUGGCCGAGUCGUUGGCGUAUGAAGCGUUGCGGUUGCUGGAGACAAGCUCGAAGAAGGCUGUGGCGAAGCUGUCGAAAGCGUCAUCACUGCGCGGCCGCGACAAGGCCGUGACAGUACCCUACCUCAGCAUAUUUAACAGCGAUGGACUGCUCUCCGACUUGGGCCGCGAAGCGCUGGAGGGUCUGGGCAACAUCUUGAUCAAGAACAACAAAUACCGGUACGGCAUCCUCUGUCUGGAAGCAGCAGGCGCGCUGUUCAGCUUCCUGAACCAGGGCUGCGAAUACGAAAAGCUGGAUCGACUUCUGUGCAAGCUCACGCUGGAGGCCGACGACGUGCAUCGAGCGCUGCCACUGCACGAGAAGGUGACGGCCGCAGCACAGCGACAAGGCAACAUCACGGUGUACGUCUAUUUAACGCAGGAGAUGACCAAGCUCUGGAUCCGCGAGGGCAACUUCACCCGCGCCGAAGAGUACUUGGCAACAUCGUGCCAUUUCCUGCGCGACCACACGAACCUGCUGCCGCCACACUUCCUGUCGUCUGUCAUUAACGGAAGCUACUCGAGCAGUGAAGCCCCAUCCAGCCGCAGUGGCACGAUGAUGACAGCGACGUCGAGCUCCGUAUCUUCGUCGCUCUCGGGUUCGUUCCACUUGUCGUCGCGCAGCACGGGCAACGCGAGCGAGGUGGACACGUGGCUGAACCAUGAUAUCAACCUGCACUUGCUCGUCCGCGACGUGUACCGCUCCAGCGGGCGGUGUCUGGAAGGCAUGCGCGUCAUUGAGCACCUCCUGAACUACAGCUCUCGACUGCCGCGUGGCAAACGCACCCAGUUGCGUAUGCUGCUGGCUGAAGACGCGCUCAAGAUGCGCAUGUUUGACAUUUGCCGGCACAUGUUCUCGCUCAUGGAGCGAGAGGCGACGGCGUUUUGUGACCGACUGCAGGAGAAUAUCAAGGGCUUCAGUGGACCGGGAAGCAGCAGCGGCACCGGACCUGGAACAAGCAGCAGCGGUGGUGGCAGAAGCCUGGGCGGCAUGGGCAGCGAGGCUCGCUACUGUUUCGACAUGUCGUUCACUCUCCGUUACAUUGUAUGCCGCGCCAAGGUGUACCUCAAGCUGGGCGACUACUGCAACGCCUUUGCUUGGCUGUCGUUGGCGCAUGUGAAGAACGACCGCGACAACGCUCGUAAGCAAGCGCAGCUGUAUGCUCUGGAUGGCAAGGUGCUCCGCGCCUUCUGUCGCGAACAGCAGGAGCGCGAGUGGGAGCUGCGUCGCGAUGGCGAAGAACCGACUCGAAGAGGACGUUCGAUGGGCUCCACUUUUGUUGGCAGCGUGGUGUCUCCGGCGCAGGUAGAGGAGAUGCUCAAGCCUCUGGGUGUAUCGGUGUACGGCUUGAACAAGGACGAGAAGCAGCGCCUGCACGAGCGUAUGGUCAUGUUUGGUACGUGUAUUCGAGACGUCGACAAGGCCGAGGAGCAAGCGCAGAACGCGUUCUGGACGGCGUUCGACUUGUAUCGUGUGCUGGACGACAGUCUGUACCAGCUCAAGGUGCUGCUGGAGGUCGUAUCGUUCAUGCUUGCGCCUAUCCAACGCUCGUUCUUUGCGCUGGGUAGCAACAUGGAUGAUGAGAUGCUCAAGUCCUAUUUGCACCGUCGAAGCUCCGGUAAGGGAUCGGCGGCGCUGGAGCUGGAGGAUCUUGGCGGCGACGAUACCAUCGAGAAGACGCGGAAGGUGCUGCUGGAAGCGCAAAAGCUGCUUCGUCCUGCGUUGAACCUGGCGGAGCAAGUGGCGAACCCCGCGUGCUUCCUGCGAACAUUGAUUUUCUGCAGCGAAGUGUGGGUGUGGCUGGAGCGUAUUGCGUCGUACAAGAGCGAGAAGCAUCUGAAGGAGGCGACUGCGUUCUGGGAGGAGGCCGUUUGCAUCAUGAAGGGUGUGUUCUUCCGGCGCGUCGCCUUCCAUGACGUGGCGGAUGCCAGCAUGCUGCACUCGUCUGGCUUCAGCAACGACUUCACGAUGCCGUACGCGCGCGGACUCAACAAGGGGCGGUUUUGCGUGGUCCCAAUCCUGAACUUCAGCGAAGGAUUCAUCGUCAAGCUGGAAGCUAUGACCCUGCAGUUGAUCUUGGCGGCAUGCCAGAUCCAGCAGUUCGAGCGCGUGCCGGAUUACGUCGAAGAAACGCUGCUCCAGCAUCUCGACGAGCUGUUGAGUGCGCGUAUGUGCCUGAGCAGCAUCGUUCACCAGCUGCAGACGUUCCGGGCGUUGCAGAGAUCGCACAAGCGGCUGCCUCCGAGUGGCUCUACGUCGAAUCUCGCCGCCGCCGCCGCUGCUGUGCCGUCUGGAUCAAGCGUGUCCGUCUCUAGUGUGGGCAGCAGCUCUAGAUCUUCAUCAUUCUCCGCCGUGAUCCCUGUGCCGUCGCCACAAAUGAGCGGCAGUGGGAAGCAGGUGUCGACGCCAUCUCCAAGCGCUGGUGGCGUAGCCGGUGGGAAGCGAGCUGGUCACAAGAAAAACCAGUCGAUGUCGUCGAUCUCUGAGCUGCUGGCGUCGAACACUCUGUCGCCGUACCAAGAGGGCUCCGCCUCGUACGGUGCUCCGAGUGGCCUGAAAAGCUCAGCUACACCUCGCACGGGUUUGGCCUCUUUGAGUGAGCGACCGAACGUCCCACCUUCUGCGUCAACUGCAGCGGGGAAGUCCAGCAGCACCACCCACAGUGGCCACACUACAGCGGUGGUGAAGAAGACUAGUGAGCGGAAGCCGCGACGGUAUACUCGAGAGCGAUCGCGCUCAGCUCCGCAGCCUGCUGUUCCGAACUACCCCAUGCCGGUUCUCACCGAGUCGGGAGAGAGCAGCGAUAGCUCUAUGAAGCGUACGUCGUCUGUAAAGUUCAUCGACCUGGGAGACCUGCGCUCACUGCCGCCUGGAGAUGACUUCGUGCUGGGUCGGAGCGAUGGAUUUGCGCACGACGAAGGCAGCAGUUCGAACGGAGCCAUCGGCUUGUGCGAUUUCGAUGAAGUGCAGUCAGAGAAGCUGUGGUGGAUCUUCAAUCUGUGGCACGACGCGAAGUCCAAGUACGUGGAAGGCAAGAUCGAGACAUCGGAGUUCAGGUCGCGUAACUUGCGCUACUUGAGGACGUUGCUGGAUGCCUUCGACCCACAGCAGAUUGCGGUGCUUUACUUCGGCGGACUGGACAGCGCCUCGACGGAUUCGGUUGUGACGCCAGGAGGGACCCGCGUUCCAGCGGCCGUGAACACUGGCAACCCGAAUGGGAUGCUGGACUUCGACGUCUCGCGGAUGAACUCCCAUGCGCUGAUUCAAGACCGUCAGCUGGUGCUGUCGAUUGGCUACGACUACGCGCCGGAAGUGCGAACGCCGUUCGGGACGCAUCCGAAGCUCCAGUUCAAGGUCUUCGGCGUGCGUGAGGGCGACACCAGUGCGUGGCGUCAGGAGAUCCCGCGGCCGGAAUGGUAUCUGUCCGAGUAUGACAUGAUGGAAGCUGAGGAAGCGGCUGUAGGCGCCGGCGUAUUGCGGACGAUGCGGCUGCUCGGUGCGAAGCUUUUGGUGAAGCUGCUGGGAGUGUUGCUGCUGGAGAACUCUGUUGUGGUGGUCGGCAAUUCCUACCCGCAGAUCCAAGAGGUGACCACGAGUCUGCUGAAGCUGCUGGAGCCGUUCCGGUGGCAGCACACGUUCCUGCCGUUCGUGCCCGUGUCGUCUUGGCGAUUCCUCCAUGACGCUGCGUUUCAGCAGGCACAGGCGGAGCUGGCGGCUCGACCGAAGAGCCGAAGGUCGUUCUCCAUGCUGUCGCACGAUUGGCGCGCGUGGAGCAGUGGAGGCAGUGGUAGCGCCACGGGCUCGUACUCUUCAUCGCGAGGCAGCACUGAUAAACCCCCGUUCCUCAUGGGCGCUACAACGGACACGUGGCAGAGCUGCUUAACUUUCUCCAAGAAGUGCGGCAACGAUCCUCGCUUCCUCAGCUCGUGCGUUGUGGUGGUGGACCUGGAGGACGUGGACUCGCUCGUGACGGACAAGACGUUCCGGAAUGCAGUGCCAUUGCCCAAGAAGUGGCGCCGGCAGUUCCUGGAGCGCGUGGACAAGAUCACCAAGCAACGCCACAAGAUGCGCCUGAAGAUGAGUCGCAGGAACUCAUCGCAGCAGCUCGUGUCCAAUCGGGGGCCAACGACGCUCGCUUCAGCGUCCGUAGUGACUCCGCAGUCGAUACGCUCGCCUGCGGGGGCGUAUCCUCCGAUGGACGUCAGUCUGCGCAGCUUCGACGACGCGCUGAGUAGCAGCCGCUCGGGAUCGAGCUGGAUGAUGACCCCGGUCUCAGCCAGCGGCGUGUCGGACUCGGACAGCAACUACCAGUUGAUGCAGUCAGGGGUCCAGCCGGCAGUCUCGGACCCGAACGGACUGGACGAUCGGCAGUAUUAUGACUCGGAGUGCGCCGCGGCGUUCGUGAGUGGGCUCCGGGAGUUCUAUGACAAGCUGCUGGGCCUGUGCGCCGAGAAGGAGCGCAAGGCCAAGGGCAACAAGAAGAAGAAGAGCCCGAGCAGCAGCGGCCACUCGAAGCGCCAGGAGAUCAAGUCGUGGUUCUCGUCGUCGCACGACUUCGACGCGUUCGUGGACAACUUCCAGAACACGGACUUGCUGGAGGCCUUUGAGACGGAGAAGGUGGCGGCGCAGGCGGAGGCCCAGGCCCAGGCCCAGGCGAGGGCCAUGCACCAGCUGGAGCGGCAGUCGAGCGAGCACGAGGUGAGCUCCACCAGCAGCGGCCGCAGCGCGACGCGGUUCGGCGCCACGCCCAAGUCGAUCGUGAACGCCUUCACGCCGCAGCAGCUCAAGAGCUUCGGCAGCUUCAGCAGUCUGACGGCCAGCAACCGCAGCUCAGGCGGCCAGGAGCGGAGGCGGUGACGAGAGCGAGACACGGGAAUCUCGCAUCGCCGCCUCAUCCAUUUGUCGUUGUAGGUAGGAAGCAGGAAUUGUAGGGAAGGGAAGGAGCGAGCUAAAGUAUUAUUUAUCCGC